AUUAUAUUAUGUUAUGACUCUGAGAUAAUGAGCACAGACAGCUCUAUGAUCUGACUUUCGGUAUGUAACGAGGCUGUAAAUGAAGGACUUUGUCUUUUCUUCUAAACCUUUAGAAACCAGAUUUAACAAACAACAUUCAGUCAUGGACGAUAUACCUCGGCUGAGACGUAACAUUCAAAGCUUUGACUUCCAUCACUGUAGUCUAGGAUCCCAGGGGUUUAAUCGAGUGCUCCUUCAGCUUUUUGGGUUUGCAGGUCAUGGAAAGUCCUCCUUUAUAAACAGCUGUAAGUAUGUCUGGGAUGAUGGAGAGUUUUGUAACAUAGCAAAGGCUGGAAGAGAUGACGGUGCUCGGACCACGGAAAGAAUAUCAUAUGAACUGACAAAAACCAUCACUCUGGUGGACAAUCGUGGCUGUUCCAAAAUGGAUGAUUACGAGAAGGGUGAAAUCUUUGCUCAACUUGGUAAGUGUCAGUAAUCAUGGAGAUUUAGUUUAGGUGAUACAUAGAGGAUGCAAGGGGGUAAAUGAUCUCCUAUUGAGUGUAUUGAGAUGUCUGUUAGCACAGUAAUAGAGGAGUGGGGCAGCAGGCAGGGAUUGUACAGGACUGUGAUGGAUGGCCUGAUCCCACAAGCUCACUGCACCAUUUUUGUGACUGUUUUCCAUGUAAAUAGGUAUUUCUGUAUUACAGGCGGCUCUGUAUUGUGUACCUGUAUUAUAAAUAAAGCAAUAUGUGUGUCUGUAUAUGCAGCUGUGGGUCAACAGAGGGGCAGGACAACAGGUGAAAAUGUAUUUUGUGGGCUAACCAAGUUAAAUGCUGCAUUGUGAGUGACCACCUGCUGUGGGAGCCAGUAAGUCUAUCUACUACAGCAACGGGACAGUGGGUCCAAUCAAGAUAACCUUUUGUUUGUGUAUUGGCAGAAGAGGGGGGCUGGGGAGGGGGGGUGUUAGGGGUUAGAGGGAGUGGACUAGUGUAAGGAAUCACUUUGUAUCCAGUUAUUUCCUGUGUGUUCUAUUUGCCCUGUUCUGUAUUCCCAUUGGUGAAAGUUUAAUUUACUGUAUGUUGUGAUCUAGCUGGAGCUGUGUACAAUAAACUGAGUCUGAGUUCUAGGUGAUGCCAAGAAAGAAGCUGGUUUGUCUCUGCCUUGAGGUCUCCCAAGAUACGGCUAUUCAUUGUCCUCUAUAGAGUAAUUACUAAUAAGAGUAUUGUCAGAAGACUGGAUGGAAAGGAUAUCAUAUAGUAACCAGAUAUCUGCUCAGUAUGUCCUGCGUCCCCUACCAAAGAGGAGUCCUAGCAUUUAGUGGAGCAGUUUAGUGCUGAAAGUUAUGUAAAAAGAAACCCAUGGAUGAUAUAUCAAGGUCGUAUCAUCACACGGACCUGUGCUAGCCAGCCCCCUAGAUUUGUGUUUGGGUUGUGUCUCCUGAUCUCAAUACUCACCAUGGCAGGACUGGCCCCCUGAGAUCCCGUGACCUGGGCAUUCACUUAUCCUUAACCUUCUGGCCUAAAGUUUCCAGCUCUCCUCUGGACAUCAGGAUCUCUCUGUCUGAGUGAUAGACUGUACCUGCCACAGCCAAUCUUCCAAAAGGUUGUACAUUGCUGAGAACAGAAAAUUCAGUACAAUUCCUGAUCUGUUCUCUGUCAUUUCUUCAAUAAAGAGAUAUAUUCACAAAAAGUGCAGUUUCCUUGUCAAUACUAUGCUAUUCUAUCAUCCUCACUGUUUGUGCUUCCUGCCCCCAGGAGUGGGCUAUGGGUGGGAGCUCUAAUAUGAUAAAAGGUGGGGGACAUGUGCAUCCCCACAACCUUGGGCUCUAUCAGGGUACCGACUGAUUAUGCAAAUUUUAGACAUUUUAAUAUAGUCAAAUAUAGCAUAAAUGCAAACUUGCACCUUUGGGUGCCUUCAAGCCCAGAUUUGAAUAAUUUCACGUUUGUGCCUAAAUCGUAUGUAUGCAAUAGAAAUCAGACAUAUUGUGCAGUGUAUGAGAAUGGAAAUGGACUUGGGACACCACACCUACCACAUUCACAUUUCACAGAGCCACACACUUGGCUCUAGGCAUCAGUGUAUCAAUGUAUUACGAAACCACAUUAGAACCUCACCAGAUCAACAAUUUAAAUUUAUUAAAACAAUAAACUGUGUAAAAAACAAUACCAGAAUAUUGACCUCUAAUCUCUAGCCCAUCUCUCACAUGGAACAAAUGUCAUUGGGCUACAAAAUGCGUAUGGAAUUAAAUAGGCUUGCUGAAGUGUUUAUGGCUCAAGAACCGCGUCUGUCCAGCGUUUCACCUUGAAAUGCUGCCAAUCAAAAAAUUACUAUAUUCUAUUAAUUAAUUAUUAAUUAUGCUAUGUUUGUUUUAUCUGGCAGCUAAUUUACUUCCAGUGGAUGAUCCUGUUGAAUGGAGCAAGGGAUUGGGACUUAUGGACCGGAUAUUUGAGGCAGAAUAUCGAAUAAAUACCUCUGACUUUAUCGUACCUAUCUUUAUCUACAGGUAAAUUAAUGACAUGCUUCACCACAAGUAGAAAAACUAUUGAUUAAUGAGGAUGCAUUAUGUCUUCUUUCCAAGGCUAGAUAUGUGUUGGUAAAAGGUAAAAAAUAAGUAACUAAAUGCAGUACAGACAGGAAAAAAGUCAUAUGGCCAGAAUUCAGAAAAAAAGGAUUGGGGAGAGAAAACAUGGAGAAGGAGUGAAACUCAUUAAGGGAAAUAGGAGCUAGAGGUGAGAACAGAGGACAUGAGCAGGUCUUUGCAGAGCGAAUGGGGCAGAUGGAAUAUAUAUAUAUUUAGUUGUGAGGAUGUGGGGGGGAUUGAUGGGAACUUUAAUGUGUUAAUACUAUAGUAUGGCGGUGUAGCCAGCUUUGAUGUUAUUACAUUACAUGAUCUGGUUUAUUAAUAAUCAAGUUGUAAAAAAAAAACUGAAGGCAUGAUUGCCUUUAUAACAGUCAGUCUUGUGUUUCCUGUUUAGUGUGAAAAAAUCCAUAGCAUCUGCUGAGAUAAAUGGACUACGAGAGUUGCUCACAGUGGCCAGAGAUCUGACAGGUAAACCUCCGUUUCCAAAACAAGUAUAUAAAGUAUUGUAAGCACACACUACCAACAUAGUAUUCUCUUAUUUAAGACGAAGAUAGAAGAAAAAGAAGAAAACAUUUUCCAUAAAUAUUCACCAGCAUGAGCCAAAAUGUAUUGGUCCACCUUUGAGUGUAAUGAAAGUUGGGUGUUUUUUAGGUAAUUCUUUACCUGCUAUUAGAACAUCUGGAUUCUUCUCGGGAGAAUUACUAAACCUGUCAGGUUGGGUGCGGGAUGGGGGCCAGUGAUGACAAGCAAUUCUCAAGUCUUUUUACCAAUUCUCAAUUAAAUUGAGGUCAGGAUUUUCUCUAUUCCAUUCUAAGGAUUUGGAUUCUUGGUUUCAACCCACUCCAGUGCCGCUGAUUCUCCACCCCAGUUUCCUGUGUUCUGCAAACAGGGUUUCCUCUAGAAUUGCUUUAAGAUAGGUUCCAUCCAACUUGCCCUCAGUGCUGGUUAGUUUUUCUACAUUUUCUUUGAGAAGCAUUUUGGUAGAGACUUCCCCAAAACAUGACAAUCCUUUCACCACGCUUCCUUGUGACAAUGAUAUUUUCAGGAUAAUUACUAGUGCUGGCUAUAUGGCAUACGUAGGGUUCGUUUCAAUGCUUUUAUCAAUCACGUAGCAACAAGUAGGCUAUUGCUAAAAUAGAAGUUGCUUUAUUUAGGGAUUACUGGCUGCUUCCCUGCUACAAAAAAAUAUAUAUAUAUAUAUCAACUGGUAAUUUUUGGCUGCCAAAAGUUGUAUCAUCUCCCAUUGAGAUUAAUAGUAUACACCAGAGGUUACCAAACUGUGUGCAGACAGGUGUGCCACGGAAUGUUUUCCCUGUGCUCUGAUUAUAGCACCGGGGAAACAUAACUGCUGAACAAGUGCCCAGUCGGGUGCCGUGGUCCUUUAAGACCACGACUGGGCCUGUCACUUCCUCCCAGCAUCAUGCGGGAGGGAGAGGAAGCAGCUGCAGGAAGAGAAGCACAAAGAGCUCCAGACCCCUCGCUCCCACCAGCAGCAGCAGGACUCCAAGUCACCCUCCUGGACACACAAGCUAAGCUAACAGGAGGGUGACUGGAGAUAUAAAAAAUAUCACUUGUGUGUACGAGUUUGUGUAUGUAUGAGUGUGUGUGUGUGUGUAUGUGUAUGUAUGAGUGUGUCUGUGUGUUUGUGUGUGUGUGUAUGAGUGUGUGUGUGUGUGUAUGAGUGUGUGUGUAUGUAUGUGUGUGUAUGAAUGUGUGUGUGUGCAUGUGUGUGUGCAUUUGUGUGUGUUCAUGUAUGAGUGUGUGUGUAUGUAUGAGUGUGUGUGCAUGUAUGUGUGUGUAUAUGAGUGUGUGUGUGUGUGCAUGUGUGUGUGUGCAUUUGUGUGUGCAUGUAUGAGUGUGUGUGUCUGAGUGUGUAUAUGCAUGAGUGUGUGUAUAUGUAUGUGUAUGUAUGAUUGUGUAUGUGUGUGUGUGAGUGUGUGUGCGUGUAUGUGUGUGUGAGAGUGUAUGUAUGAAUGUGUGUGUGUGUAUGUAUGUAUGAGUGUGUGUGUUUGUUUGCAUGAGUGUGUGUUUGUUUGUAUGAGUGUGUGUGUGUGUCAGGGUGUGCAUCUGUGUGUGUGUAUAUAUGUCAGUGUAUGUCUGUGUGUGCACACACAUCUGUGUGUUAGGAUUUGCAUCUGCAUACAUAGGCGCGCACACGGGGUGUGCCGGGGAGGCAGGAGAGGACCCGGGGAGCUCUUGCCAUCAGCUCCGCCGGGUUCCUCUCACGAGGUCGACACCCUUACACACACAGCACCUUCACACAUACACACACAGCACACACUAACAGCACCUUUACACACACAUCACCCUCACACACAUCACCCUCACACACAGCACCCUCACACACACACAGCACACACUAACAACACCCUUACACACACAGCACCCUCACACACACAGCACCCUUACACACACACAGCACACACUAACAACACCCUUACACACACACACUAACAGCACCCUCACACUAACAACACCCUAACACACACAGCACCCUCACACAUACACACACACAGCACACACUAACAGCACCCUUACACACAGCACCCUCACACACAGCACCCUCACACAAAACACACACUAACAGUACCCUUACAAACACAGCACCCUCACCCACACACACAAAGCACACACUAACAGCACCCUUACACACAUAGCACCCUCACACACACACACACACACUAACAGCACCCUUACACAUACACACACACAGCACACACUAACAGCACCCUUACAAACACAGCACCUUCACACACACAGCGCCUUAACACACACAGCGCCUUAACACACACAGCGCCUUCACACACACAGCGCGCCCACACAUAGCGCCUGCACACACAGCACCUGCACACACACAGCGCCUGCACACACACAGUGCCUUCACAUACAGCACCUACACACACACAGCACCUACACACAGCACCCUCACACACACAGCAGUGUGUGUGUAUGUAUGUGUAUAUAUAUAUAUAUAUAGAUACGCGGCGUGUGUGUUUCUGCUUUCGGGUGCACACCCUUAUGCAAUAGGCUGCGCACACCUAUGUCUGUAUAUGUGCAUCUAUGUGUCAUUUUGUGUGUUUUUAUAUCAGUGUGUGUAUCUGUAUCAUGGUGUGUGCAUGUAUCAAUGUUUGUGUUUGUGUCAGGGUGCAUGUGUGUGUAUAUGUUGGUAAAUACAUGUGUUAAGGUAUGUGUCAGUGUGUAUCUAUAUAUGUGUAUGUGUCGCUGUCUCUGUGAAUUUGUGUGUAUGUACCUUUGUAAGUAUGUAUGUGGUAGUGUAUGUGCAUACAUCCAAACAGUCAUACACCAGCACAACAUACAAAAAUACUCCUGCAAUCUAACACAAAUAUUACCUACAAACACACCCCUGCAUCCAAACUCCAAAAGGAUAUACAAACACACUCUGCAUUUAAAAGUUAACAUUACAUUCAGACACACGCCUGUAUGAAACACAAUACAUGUAUGCAAGCACCCCUUCAAACACCAACACUGUACGUUACACUAUAGCGCCAGUAAAUGCGGCAGCGCUGUACAGAUAUACAACCUAGAAAUUUUGACUUGGGGCGCCUUGGAAAAAUACUGAAAUAUUAAGGGCGCUUUGAGCCUAAAAAGUUUGGGAACCACUGGUAUACACUAAACAUUAAGUGACAUUAAGUAACAAUUUCAAUACAAUCUAACUUCAAUCCAGGUUGUAACACUACUUUAAGUGGAAACGGGUGAAUAUUUAUGUACGGCAGUGUAAUAGCUGUAAUGUUUAUUUUUUCAGCCGUGACCGUAUUGCGGUAAAUGCACGUCCACAACACUUUACAUAAUUAUCCAUCAAUCUCCCUCUACCUCACUUCCUAUGCUCAUGGAUGACUGCAUGUGUCAGAGAGUAUUGGUGGUGAGAGUGAAUGAGUAAAUAUGAGUGUGUCCAUUCCUCGAAUACAUGUAUGGACAUAUUUAGCUGCAGGAAUACUAAGGAAGCAGUAUGGAGGACAUAGUUAACCAUUAUUAGAUUAUAUAUUGUUUUUUUUGGUUGGUGGAAUUGUAGUGAACCCCAGGUAGCCCGACCGAUUACCUCCGCUAAUUCCCUUCCUUCCGCCGCUCAGGAACAUCUUAAAGUAUAAACAUACACAUUUCCCCCAGUAACUGGACGAGACGCAGCUCUGGAGGUACAACUCUAACUGACUCUGUUUAUUUCAUCACAAAAGGUUUUACAUGCACAGACCCCUACAUGGUGUCCCCAACACAAUACACCAGGGGUUUAAAUCCCAAGAAUCUGAAGGGAGGAUAGACGAGGGACAAGGCCAGCCAGUUCAAACUGGACUGGCAGCGUCCCUGUGGCAACGCCCUGCUAGGACAGGAAAAGACAGGGGGAGGGGGAGAGGCACAGACAAGCAAUACAUUCCACUUUUAUACUUUACAGGGCUGCUGCUCCCCUCUCCCCCCCUUUGUUGAACCACAGUUGAAUAAAUAGGCACAUGUAAAACAGUCACAAAAAUGGUGCUGCAAACUUGUGGCCCGUGGCAAACAAAUCACACCAUCCAUUACAUAUCUCCACCCAUAGAAAUAGACAGCGGGCACAUGGGGAUAUGGCACUCAGUGACUGCAUUCCAUCACAGGAAUCUUCCCAGAGAAGUAGCUGCUUCCACUCAGUGUUCUCCCCCGCAGUUCCCCAGCUAA